UAUUCGCUCGACGCAUCGAGUGUAGACACCCAUGGUCAUUAUAAAGGGCACGAAGAAAAACAAAACGCCGAGCUGAACUGUCAGUCGGCCGUCGUCACGAGGCACAGUACAAAUACACACACACAAGCACACGCACAUUUUUCGUCGUCGUACAUGGGUCACGAUCAGAAAGUUUUCGCCGAGCAACAUUUGGAUUGCCGAUUAAGAACGAUAUCCGGGGCAAAAAUCAUCUAAAGGUCAUCUUCGCAACUGCAGCGAACUCCAUCCUUUGUCAACAAGAUGGCCAAGUUCCAGAGGCCGGAAAAUGCGCUUAAAAGAGCCAAUGAAUUUAUUGAAGUUGGCAAAAAAAACAGAGCUCUUGAUACACUUCAAGACCUUUUCAAGAACAGAAGACGUUGGACUGGCACUUGGACGGAAUCAGUUCUUGAACCAAUAAUGUAUAAAUAUUUAUCAUUAUGCGUGGAACUACAAAAAUCUCACGCUGCCAAGGAAGGUCUCUUCCAGUACAGAAAUAUGUUUCAGGCUGUAAAUGUAAGCAGCUUGGAAAUGGUUAUCAGAUACUACUUGCGGCUGGCAGAAGAAAAAACAGAAGCAGCUCGAAAACAAAGUCAACAAGCUGUACUUGACAUUGAUGAUCUUGAUAAUAUUGCUACUCCUGAAAGUAUUUUACUUUGUGCUGUCAGUGGCAAUGAUGCACAAGACAGAAGGGAUAGAGCAAUUUUGACCCCAUGGGUCAAAUUUUUAUGGGACUCAUACUGCCAGAACCUUGAUCUAUUAAAAAUCAAUGCACAUCUUGAAACUUUGUACCAUGAAAUUGCUCGCAUGGCUUUUGCAUUCUGUUUGAAGUAUGUCCGCAAGACUGAAUUCCGCAAAUUAUGCGAAAAACUGCGCAAACAUCUGGAUGACAUCACUAAAUUGCCUCAAGUACCAGCUAAUGUUUCCAUCAACAAAGUGGAAACUCAGCAACUCAUGCUAGAAACUAGAUUGAUUCAAUUAGACUCAGCAAUUCAAAUGGAAUUAUGGCAUGAAGCCUACAAAGCUAUUGAAGAUAUUCAUGGUCUAAUGAAUCUUUCUAAAAAAUUGAAAUCUCCUAAAACCAUGGCCAAUUAUUACCAAAAAUUAGUAAUGGUUUUCUGGAAAGCAGGCAACCAUUUAUUCCAUGCUGCUGCUUUGUUUAAGUUAUUUCAAUUGUCACGAGACAUGAAAAAAAACAUGUACUCAGAAGAACUCCAGGAAAUGGCUAAUAGAGUGCUUUUGGCUAUUCUGUCAAUUCCACUGCCUUCUGCUCAUCCAGAAUACGACCGUUUCAUUGAAACUGAUAAAAGCCUAAAUGAGAAAACACAAAAGCUUGCUACAUUAGUUGGGUUGCUUCAACCUCCUUCCAGAGCUUCCUUGUUGAAGGAUAUUGUUCGACUCAAUGUUGUGAAUUUGGCUUCACCCCCUUUUCAGGACUUAUACAACUGGUUAGAAGUGGAUUUUCAUCCUCUUGAACUGUGCAGUCGAAUUGAAUCUGCUUUCUCCCAAUUGCCACAAGAUAAAUUGAGCCCAUUACUGCAGUAUAUUCCAGCCUUGAAAGACUUUGCACUUGUUCGCCUAAUCCACCAGAUCGCUCAAGUCUAUCAGACAAUCAAAUUGACUAGAUUGAUUGAGCUAGCUAAAUUUACCGAUGCGUUUCAUCUUGAACGGAUUCUAGUGGAUUGCGUGCGUUUCAACGAUAUGCAGAUACGUAUCAAUCAUGGCAAGCAAAUCAUCCAUUUCGGAGUUGACUUGUCUGAGGCUCAACGCGAGAAUCAUCCCUAUGGUCCAGUGCUGCAAGCUAUGCCAUCCGAGCAGAUUCGAUGCCAAUUGGUCAACAUGGCGAAUGUGCUUCAUCGCGCCAACAAUAUUAUCAAUCCAAAUACAAAGAAACAAGAGCGCGAAAAGCUCCGUGCACAGUUGGUGCAAUAUUAUCACAAUACUAAAUUGAAAGAGCACAAACGCAUCCUUGAGCGUCAAAAGAUUAUUGAGCAGCGCAAAGAGUAUAUUGAGCAUAUCAACUAUGUGCGCGAACAAGAGGAAGAGCGUCGCCAAGAGGAGAUCCAACGUCAACAACAAUUGGCCGAACAAAAACGCCUUGAGCAGGAGAGAGAAGAACGAGAACGUAAACGUCAGAAUUCUGAGAUUCAACAGAUCAAGAACCGCACGUUGAAGGAAAAAAUGUAUCAAAUCUCGAAAACGAGUCAUGGACAGAAGUUCCUAAAAAAACUGGAUGAAGAUGAAAUCAAGAAGCUCGAUGCCGAGCAAAUAGCUGCUCGCGAGAUUGAAGAACUGCAAAAAGAGCGCAAAGAGACUCUACAAAAACUUAAAACUCAAGAAAAGAAAGUCGAUUAUCUGGUGCGUGCAAAACGCACCGAGGAAAUUUCUCUUAUCAUCAAAGCCAUGGAGGAAAAAACCGAGCAAGCAAAGCAGCUGUGGGAACAACAAGAAGCCGAGCGUAUCCAAGCCGCUAUCGAGGAACGUAAAGAGAUGCAGGCUACUCGUGAGCGACUUGCAAGAACUAAGGAGGAAGCUGAAAGCUUCUUGGAGAAAAUCAUGGCAGAGCGCAAGAGUAUCUACUUGGAAAAGUUGGCCGCUUUCGAGACUAAGCUGGAACAAGAACGUGCCAAACGUUUGUUGGAGAGAAAGAUCCAACGAAAGAUCGAUCGCAAGCUCCAAUGGGAGAGAGAAAUCGCAGAAGCGGCUGAGAGAAAGAGGAUUGAGGAACAGAGGGCUCAGCUCGAAGAAGAAAGAGCUAAGCGAGAAGAAGAAGAAAAAGUUAAAAAAGCCGAAGAAGCUGAAAGAUUGGCCAAACUCGAAAGACAAGCUGAAAUUAGAAGACAAAAGGAAUUAGAAAUUGAAAAGAAACUGGAAGAGGAUAAGCUCAAGGCGUUGGAAAAAGACAAAUCUCGAGCUCCUUCUUGGAGAACGUCUUAUGAAGAAGAAAGAAGUUUCCGUGAAAGCUCUUGGCGUAGCACACAGGAACCACGCGAACAUGACGGUCCCCGGAAUCGCCACGGCCCGCGUGAUCGCGAUGGACCUAGAGAUCGCGACGGACUAGGAGAUAGGGAUAGCCCGAGUGAUCACGACGGACCAAGAGAUAGGGAUGGCCCGAGAGAUCGUAACGAACCAAGAGAUCGUGACGGACCCAGUAACCGCUUUCGAGAUGGUGACGACUCUCAAAAUAGCGAUGGUCCGAGAUGGCAGCGAGUUGGCGAUCGCAGAAGGGAUCGCGAUCGUAAUUCGAAUAGAGGAGACAGCAACCAGGAGGGACGCUGGUCCAAUGACCGCUACAGAGAUCGUAAUACUGGCGGCAGCGUAAGGUCAAUGGCGAACUGGAGAGUCGCCAAAGAACAACCUCCAGCGCGCGAUCCGCCGAGUGGAGGAAUACUAGGAUACGAUUUAAAGUGGAGUCACAUGGCCAGGUACGGACAGAGGCCGGAAAAUGCGCUCAAGCGAGCUAAUGAAUUCAUUGAAGUAGGCAAAAAAGCCAGAGCUCUUGAUACACUUCAGGAAGUUUUUAGGAACAAAAAAUGGACUUACAAUUGGGCAGAAUCGGUUCUCGAACCGAUUAUGUACAAAUACUUGGAAUUAUGUGUGGAACUGAAAAAAUCUCAUAUUGCCAAGGAGGGUCUCUUCCAGUACAGAAAUAUGUUCCAGGCUGUCAAUGUAAGCAGCUUGGAAAAUGUUAUCAGAUACUACUUGCGUCUGGCCGAAGAAAAAACAGAAGCAGCUCGAAAACAGAGUCAACAAGCUGUUAUUGACAUUGAUGAUCUUGAUAAUUUAGCUACUCCUGAAAGUAUUUUACUUUCUGCUGUCAGUGGCGAAGAUGCACAAGACAGAAGCGAUAGAACUAUUUUGACACCAUGGGUCAAAUUUUUAUGGGAAUCGUACUGCCAAUGCUUGGAGCUAUUGAGAACCAACGCACAUGUUGAAACUUUGUAUCAUGACAUUGCUCGCAUGGCUUUUGCAUUUUGUCUGGAAUAUGUCCGCAAGACUGAGUUCCGCAAAUUAUGCGAAAAAUUGCGCAAACAUUUGGAAGAUAUCAGUAAAUUGCCUCAGAUGGCAUCUAAUGUCUCUAUCAACAAAAUGGAAACGCAACAGCUUAAUCUAGAAACUAGAUUGAUUCAAUUAGACUCAGCAAUUCAAAUGGAACUGUGGCAAGAAGCUUAUAAAGCUAUUGAAGAUAUUCAUGGUUUAAUGAACUUAUCCAAGAAAUUACCUGUGCCCAAAACAAUGGCUAAUUAUUAUCAAAAAUUAGCAAUGGUGUUCUGGAAAGCUGGAAACUAUCUUUUCCACUCUGCAGCUUUGUUCAAGUUGUUCCAAUUGUCAAGAGACAUGAAGAAAAACAUGUCCUCAGAUGAACUCCAACGAAUGGCAAAUAGAGUUCUUUUAGCCACUCUGUCAAUUCCACUGCCUUCUGCUCAUCCAGAAUUUGACCGUUUUAUUGAAACUGAUAAAAGCCCUCAAGAAAAGGCACAAAAACUUGCAGUAUUGCUAGGUCUUUUGCAACCUCCUUCCAGAGCUUCCUUAUUGAAGGAUAUCGUUCGUCUCAAUGUUGUGAAUUUGGCUUCACCCGCUAUUCAGGACUUAUACAAUUGGUUAGAAGUUGAGUUCCACCCACUUGAUCUUUGUUGUCGCGUUGAAUCUGUUGUCACCACACUUCAGCAAGAUGAGUCCAGUCCGUUACUGCAGUAUAUUCCAGCGCUGCAAGAUUUAACACUUGUCCGCCUAAUUCACCAAAUUUCUCAAGUCUAUCAAACAAUUCAAUUGACUAGAUUGAUUGAGUUGGCCAAAUUCACCGACGUCUUUCACCUUGAACGUCUUUUAGUAGAUUGCGUACGUUACAAUGAUAUGCAGAUACGUAUUGAUCAUGGCAAGAAAAGCAUCCAUUUCGGAGUUGACUUGUCUGAGGCCCAACGCGAGGAUCAUCCCGAUGGUCCAGUGUUGCAAGCUAUGCCAUCCGAGCAGAUUCGAUGCCAAUUGGUCAACAUGGCGACUGUUCUCCAUCGCGCCAACAAUAUUAUCAAUCCAAAUAAGAAGAAACAAGAGCGUGAAAAGCUCCGUGCCCAGAUGGUGCAAUACUAUCAUGACACAAAGGUGAAAGAACACCAACGUAUUCUUGGGCGUCAUAAGAUCAUCGAAGAGCGCAAGGAGUACAUUGAGCAUAUGCACUAUGUGCGUGAGCAAGAGGAAGAGCGUCGCCAAGAGGAGAUUCAACGUCAACAACAAUUGGCCGAACAAAAACGCCUUGAGCAGGAGAGAGAAGAACGUGAACGCAAACGUCAGCAGUCUGAGAUUCAACAGAUCAAGGACCGCACAUUGAAGGAAAAGAUGCAGCAAAUCUCGCAAACGAGUCACGGUCAGAAGGUCCUGAAAAAACUUGAUGAAGAUGAAAUUAAGAAGCUCGAUGCAGAGCAAAUCGCCGCUCGCGAAGCUGAAGAAUUGCAGAAGGAGCGCAAAGAAACUCAGCAAAAGCUCAAGUCUCAAGAAAAGAAGGUCGAUUAUCUGGAGCGUGCUAAACGCACCGAGGAAAUUCCCCUUAUCAUCAAAGCCAUGGAGGAAAAAACCGAGCAAGCAAAGCAGCUGUGGGAACAACAAGAAGCCGAGCGUAUCCAAGCCGCUAUCGAGGAACGUAAACAGAUGGAAGCUACUCGUGAGCGACUUGCAAGAACUAAGGAGGAAGCUGAAAGCUUCUUGGAGAAAAUCAUGGCAGAGCGCAAGAGUAUCUACUUGGAAAAGUUGGCCGCUUUCGAGGCUAAGCUGGAACAAGAACGUGCCAAACGUUUGUUGGAGAGAAAAAUCCAACGAAAGAUCGAUCGCAAGCUCCAAUGGGAGAGAGAAAUCGCAGAAGCGGCCGAGAGAAAGAGGAUGGAGGAAGAGAGGGCCCAGCGCGAAGAAGAAAGGAAGCGCAUGGAGGAAGAGAGAGCUAAGCGUGAAGAAGAAGAAAAGGCUCGAAGAGCUAAGGAAGAGGCGAAAGAAGCUGAAAGGUUGGCCAAGCUCGAAAGACAAGCUGAAAUUAGUAGACAGAAAGAGUUGGAAAUUGAAAAGAAAUUGGAAGAAGAUAGACUCAAGGCAAUGGAGAGAGACAGACCUCAACCAUCGAGUUGGAGAAAGAAUCUUGGAGGAGAAUCCGUUGGCGGUGGCAGCUCUUGGCGCAGCAAACAGGAAGCACGCGAACGCGACGGUCCCCGGGAUCGCGACGGCCUUCGUGACCGCGAUGUCCCGAGAGAUCGCGACGGACCAAGAGAUCGCGACGGACCAAGAGACCGCGACGGUCCCCGGGAUCGUGAUGGACCGAGAGACCGCGACGGGCCAGCUCCAAGAUGGCAGCGAGGUGGCGAUCGCAACAUGGAUCGUGAUCGCAACAUGGAUCGCGAUCGCAACAUGGACAGAGAAGACAACCGUGACAGACCUCGUUCCGAUUUCCGCUUCAACAGAGACCGCAAUUACGAUCGUAAUAUGGACCGCGACUCGAAGCCCAUGGAAAACUGGAGGAACGCGUCCAAUGUGAAAAAGGAACAAGCACCAGCACGCGAUCCACCGAGUCGAGAAAUCGAAAAGAGAGAUCCUCCAAAAGAAAACAAAGAGGAAAAGAAGAAUGACGAUGACGGCUGGGCAACAGUCACACGACGUUAAUUGUAAAUAACAUUCGCUAAGGUUAAUUAA